UACAUGUAGUAGUGCAGUACUGCCUGGUCUUAUGCUGUAGUGCUGUACUAGUGUUACGCCCGAGUAGAUUAGGAGAGCCAAAAAACUUUUGAAACAGCUCACUCGGAAGCAGAGCAGAAUAGAUGAAUUUGUUAUCGCAAUCCACUGCCCCUUCUACUUCUCUAUCACCUUCCUGUUUUCUUCCACGCCACCCUCAUGGUUCCACCUCAGGGUUCUCUUCUGGUACCUUCAAAUUCUUGAAGAAAGAGAGUAGAUGUCUAAGGAAAGCUGGACGUACUAAAAUCACUGCAAAGUUUGAGCUGAAGCCACCACCAUAUCCUUUGAGUGCUUUGGAGCCAAUUAUGAGUCAGGAGACACUCGAAUACCAUUGGGGGAAGCAUCAUAGGACUUAUGUAGAUAAUCUGAACAGGCAAAUUGAUGGAACAGAUCUAGAUGGGAAUUCACUGGAGAACACUAUAGUUAUUACGUACAAUAAGGGUGACAUUCUUCCAGCUUUCAACAAUGCAGCGCAGGCAUGGAACCAUGACUUCUUCUGGGAGUCCAUGAAACCUGGUGGUGGUGGAAGGCCAUCUGGGGAUCUUCUAAAUCUGAUUGAAAGAGACUUUGGUUCAUUCGAAAAAUUCCUUGAUGAGUUCAAGACUGCUGCUUCAACACAGUUUGGUUCAGGAUGGGCAUGGCUUGCAUAUAAAGAAAGCAGACUUGACGUGGAAAAUGCUGUGAACCCUCUUCAAUCUGAUGAGGACAAGAAGCUAGUUGUGGUGAAGACUCCCAAUGCUGUAAACCCCCUUGUUUGGAACUACUAUCAUCCACUCCUUACCAUUGAUGUUUGGGAGCAUGCUUACUUCAUUGACUUUCAGAACCAGCGCCGUGAUUAUAUAUCAGUUUUCAUGGAUAAGCUUGUGUCUUGGGAUGCAGUCAGCUCAAGACUUGAGCAAGCCAAGGCUCUAAUCAAGGAGAGAGAGAGAGAGGCUGAGAGGAAAAGAAGAGAGGAAGAAGAGAAACGGACAAGCAGUGAAGCCAUUCCUGAGAUAUAUUCUGAUGGUGAUGCUGACUUGGAUGCAGAAUGAGUAAUUUUAUUUGCAAAUAGAUGUAGUUUAAAAUUAUGUAUCCUUUGCACUAGCUAGGUGUGGUAUAGAGGCUCAAUCACUUCAAGCUGCAAAUUUUGUUUUAUGAUAAAUGUUGUAAUUUAGUGUUUCUUAGUUCAUUCAUGCAUUGAUGGCAUAAAGUCUGAUUUUAUAGAUUGUGUUUCAAAAACCAAUUAGACUUUGAGGUUGUCAGAAAAAAAUUUGUAUUUCUUUCUGAAAGGAAAAAAAAAAAUCUUACUCAGUUGAGCAUUGAUAGCA